AUGGCGCCCGCGGUGGCCAGAGUUCUCGCGAUCGUCCUCCUCGUGGCGGCCGCGUCGACCCUGGCGGUGGCGGACCCGUCCCCCGACGCCGUGGCGCUCCAGGCCUUUCGGAGCGGGCUGGAGGACCCCGACGGCGAGCUGCAGAGCUGGGACUCGGAGCUGGUUGACCUCUGCAGCUGGUCACACAUCAUCUGCGACGCCAACAAUCGAGUCACCCACAUAGAGCUUGGCUAUCUGAACCUGUCCGGUCCACUGUCGCCGGAGCUCGCCAAGAUAGACCAGCUACAGUACAUGAGGGUUGGGGACAACAAUAUUCAGGGAACGAUCCCGGAACAGUUCAGCGACCUGGGUAACCUGAUCAGCCUGGACGUGUACAACAACAACAUCUCAGGGCCGAUACCCGCGUCGCUUGGGAAACUCUCCGCCCUGAAAUUCAUGAGGCUAUAUCAGAACCGUUUGACCGGGCCGAUUCCGAUGGAGCUGACCGGACUGUCUCAGCUGGAAAUUUUGGACCUCUGGAACAACGAUCUCUGCGGCACGAUCCCGACUUCCGGACCGUUUCAGAACCUUCCUCCCAGCAGCUUCGCCAACAACCCGCGCCUGCGCGGCCCCGGCCAGCAGCAGGACGACGACGGCUGCUAGACUAGAUCGACAUGGCGGCGGCCAGCGUACGUGAGCCGUCAAUCGGCGCCCAAGGUUACUACCAGAGCUAGCUGGGAGGGUCGAUGUAGCUAGCUAGCUAGCUGGAUUCAGUGUGCGAGGUUUAAUUAGCUAUGUCUGUGUGUAUGUGCUACAGCAGGGUGGGUGUCUAUCCCUUGUACGUACGAUCAAGAGGUAAAUAUCAGCCUCCAUAAUGAAAAUAUGAAAUCCA